AGCCCAGAGCUGCUGGAGAGAAAGGAAACCGAAACGAAAGCGGGAGAGGGGCGGAAUGCCUGCGAGGCUGGGGAGCAGGGACGCGGGGCGCGGCGACGGGGAGGCUGGGGCGGCAGCCCCACCCCCUGCCCUCCCGCCCGGCGCAGAGCCCAGGUCGGGGCGCCGCGGGCAGCGGGGAGCGCGCGCGGAUCCAGCGGGAGGGCAGCCGGCCGUGGACAUGGACGUGUACCGCACCCCCGCCGCCGCGCUGGACAACCUGGUGGCCCGCAGACUGCAGCCGUCCGCCGAAUUCGUGGGGGCUGCGGGGCGCGCCCUGGGCGCCCUGGGGACCUUCCUGCGGGAGCGCGGGGGCCGCGCCGCUGCCCAGCCUUGGAGGGUGCUGAAAAUCGCCAAGGGAGGUUCCUCUGGCCGGGGCACAGCUCUGAGGGGUGGCUGUGAUUCCGAACUUGUCCUCUUCCUCAACUGCUUCAAGAGCUACGAGGACCAGGGCGUUCGCCGUGCAGAGAUCCUCGACGAGAUGCGGGUCCUGCUAGAAUCCUGGUGGCAGAAACCCAUCCCCGGUCUGAGCUUUGAGUUUCCCGAGCAGGACGCGGCCAGGGUCCUACGGUUCCGACUGGCAUCCACGGACCUCGAAAACUGGAUGGAUGUCAGCCUGGUGCCCGCCUUCGACGCUCUGGGACAGCUCAGUUCCGACGUCAAACUCAAGCCCCAGAUCUACUCCCGCCUCCUCGACAGCGGCUGCCAGGGGGGCGAGCACGCGGCCUGCUUCGCGGAGCUGCGGAGGACCUUCGUGAACGUUCGCCCGGCCAAGCUGAAGAACCUGAUCCUGCUGGUGAAGCACUGGUUCCACCAGGUGUGCCAGGGGGAGGUGAGGAGGGAGGAGCUGCCUCCAGCCUAUGCCCUGGAGCUGCUGACCAUCUUCGCCUGGGAGCAGGGCUGUGGGAAGGAGGCCUUCAGCCUGGCCCAAGGCCUCCGCACCGUCCUGGGCCUGAUCUGUCAGUAUCAGCACCUGUGUGUUUUCUGGGCCCUCAACUACGGCUUCGAGGACCCUGCGGUCAGGUGGUUCUUGCGGUACCAGCUCGAGAGACCCAGGCCCGUGAUCCUGGACCCGGCUGACCCCACGUGGGACGUGGGGAACGGAGCAGCGUGGCACUGGGAUCUACUGGCCCGAGAGGCAGAGUCUUGCUAUGAGCACCCGUGUUUUCUGCAGGCGGCGGGGGGCGCUGUGCAGCCCUGGGAGGGGCCCGGCCUUCCACGUCCUGGGUGCUCAGGUUUGGACCACCCCAUCCAGCGAGACUCUGCCCAGAGGGCCCCGGAGGAGAGCAGCAGUCUCGAUGCCGUGGACCCAAGUGCAGGGAGCAGGCAGCCCUCACGCCCAGCUCCCGGCCCCUCAGGGACAGCCAGCACCACCCCCUGUACUCUGGGGACGGCCUUGGAUCUGUCUCGCAUCAGCACCAAGGACCUGGACCGCUUCAUCCAGGACCACCUGAAACCGAACCCCCAGUUCCAGAAGCAGGUCAACAAGGCCAUCGAUGUCAUCUUGCAUUGCCUCUGCGAGAAGCGUUUCUACAGGGCGUCCACAGUCAGCAAGGGGGGCUCAUUUGGCCGGGGCACAGACCUGAGGGGCUACGGUGAUGCCGAACUCAUCAUCUUCCUCAACUGCUUCGAGGACUACGGGGACCAAAGGGCCCGCCGCCUGGAGAUCCUUGAUGAGAUGCGGGCACAGUUGGAAUCCUGGUGGCAAGACCCAGUCCCCGGCCUGAGCCUCCGUUUUCCUGAGCAGACCGUGCCCGAGGCUUUACAGUUCCAGCUGGUGUCCCGGGCCCCAGGAAGCUGGAUGGACGUGAGCCUGCUGCCUGUCUUUGAUGCCGCGGGGCAGCUCUGUGCGGGCGCCAGACCUGAGCCCCAGAUCUACUCCAGCCUCCUCGACAGCGGCUGCCAGGGGGGUGAGCACGUGGCCUGCUUCACAGAGCUGAGGAGGAACUUCGUGAACACUCGCCCACCCGAGCUGAAGAACCUGAUCCUGCUCGUGAAGCACUGGUAUUACCAGGUCGCAGCUCGGAACAGAGGACGGCAGCCAGCCUGUGCCUCCCUGCCCCCAGUCUAUGCCCUGGAGCUCCUGACCAUCUUCGCCUGGGAGCAGGGCUGCAGGAACGAUUCUUUCAACACGGCUGAAGGCCUCAAGACGGUCCUAGGGCUCGUCCAGCAGCACCAGCAACUUUGUGUCUACUGGACGGUCAACUACAGCUUUGAGGACCCAGCUAUCAGAACAUACCUUCUUGGCCAGCUUCAGAAACCCAGGCCCCUGCUCCUGGAUCCUGCUGACCCCACCUGGAAUGUGGGCCAGGGCAGCUGGGAGCUGUUGGCCCAGGAAGCAGCAGCUCUGGAGACACAGGCCUGCUUUAGGAAUAGACAGGGGACGUCUGUGCAGCCCUGGGAUGUGAUGCCUGCUCUCCUUCACCAAACACCAGCUGGGGACCUUGACAAGUUCAUCAGUGAAUUUCUCCAGCCCAGCCGCCAGUUCUUGGCUCAGGUGAACAAGGCCGUCAAUGCCACCUGCUCACUCCUGAGGGAAAACUGCUUCCGGAAUUCUCCCAUCAAAGCGCUCAAGGUGGUCAAGGGUGGCUCUUUAGCCAAAGGCACAGCUCUGCGAGGCCACUCAGAUGCUGAUAUAGUGGUGUUCCUCACCUGCUUCAGCCAGUUCACCGAACAAGGGAACAAGCGGGCUGAGAUCAUCUCAGAGAUCCGAGCCCAGCUGGAGGCAUGUCAGCAGGAGAUGCAGUUCGAGGUGAAGUUCGAGAUCCCCAAGUGGGAGAAUCCCCGCGUUUUGAGCUUCUCUCUGAUGUCCCAGACGAUGCUGGAUCAGAGCGUGGACUUUGACGUGCUGCCAGCCUUUAACGCCUUAGGCCAGCUGAGCUCCGGCAGGAGGCCCACGCCUCAAGUCUACGUCGGCCUCAUCCACAGCUACAACAACGCGGGCGAGUACUCCACCUGUUUCACGGAGCUGCAGAGGGACUUCAUCGUCUCUCGCCCCACCAAGCUGAAGAGUCUGAUCCGAUUGGUCAAGCACUGGUACCAGCAGUGCAACAAGAUGCCCAAGGGGAAAGGCUCCCUGCCCCCCCCCCAGCACGGGCUAGAGCUCCUGACGGUGCAUGCCUGGGAGCAGGGCGGCCGGGACCCCCAGUUCAACAUGGCGCAAGGCUUCCGCACUGUCCUGGAGCUGGUCAGCCGGUACCGUGAGCUCUGUGUCUACUGGACCGUCAACUACGACAACCGGGACAAGACUGUCAGGGACUGGCCCACACUCAGUGUUGCAGUGUCUCAGAUCUGGGGACCCUCGCCCAUCAUCCUGGAUCCAGCUGACCCGGCGGGCAACCUGGGCCACCAUGCCCGCUGGGACCUGCUGGCCGAGGAAGCUGUGGCCUGCAUGUCUGCCCUGUGCUGCAUGGGCAGGGACGGCACCCCCAUCCAGCCAUGGCCAGCGAAGGCUGCCGUGUGAAGGCUGGAAUUUAUACCAGAUGGAGGGAUGGACACCAGCCGUUGGCGUGGAGAGACUUCGGGUCACCUACCAGAUGUGUGUGUGCGUGUGUGUGUGUGCUCGUGAGAGACAGAGAGGCCUCGAUUCAGUGAAUCCACUCCUCCUCUGUCCAGCCUCCCUACUCCUAUCCCUGCCUUCCCACUCUCUGCCCUCCUCCUGCUCUGCGUACCCAGCCCAGCUGAGUUUUAUCAAAUACCCCCUUGCGUCAGACGGGCACUGGCCACCACAAGGCUCCCCUGCUCCCCUGCCUCCUGCGGCCGCGCACCAGACUCCGUGGGCUGGCAGCGGCCUGUCGCCGCCAUGACUCCACUCUCAGACAGCCACUGUCGCGUACCACACUGCGUCCCGCCCCUGCCGAGAAUGUCCUCCUCCUUCCCGCCUUCUCUGCCCUUCCGCACCGGUUCACAUCUUCCGCUGAAGCCCAUCCCUGUCCGCCCAGUGGCCUCUCCUCCUUCCCCAGCCCAGCGGCUUUCGCAGAGAUGGCAGUCUUCGUGCCAUUUGUCAGCCACAGGCCAUCGGCAGUGGCCGCCUGGAGGCCUGGGUUCUGGAAGAUUCUAAAGAAUGGAUGCAUACCUGGGAAGAUGCGAUGUAAUCAACUAGUGAUGUUGCCAUGGAUGCGGUAGGGGAACGUGGUGGCACGAGUGCUGUGAUUGAUUAGCGAUGUCUGGCCCCAAGGCAGGAAUAUGGGCUCACAGGCUAACGGUGUUAUUGAGCAGCUCUCUGAGCUCGGCCACCGGCAGGAAGAGCCUGCCCGGAUGGGCCGGUCUUGUCUGCCACAGACAGAAGGCGUGGGGACGUGUGUACCAUGCAGUCCCUCUCAUGGGACCCCUGACUGAAUGCCUUUUUGCUGGAGGAGCCUUGUUUUCUACCUCCUUCGCACAUCUUGAGACCACGGCCUGUUUGCCUUCUUGAAUUUUUUUCUGGGCUCCUGUCUUCUCUCCUGAUGUGCUGGAACAUCGCCGGUGGGAUUCUCCAUCCCCAGAGCGAGCCAGUGCCCAAACAACAGUGCUCAGCCUGCUUCCCUCCGCCCUCCAGGGCAAAUCCACAGUGUGAUUUGCAGGCGGGGCUCCUGCCCUCCAGGCCGACAGCUGUGUCCCUCUCGGUCAAGGCUCAGCACAGAAAACAGGAAGUAGUCCAGGAAUCGUUAGCAGGAAGGGAUUCCAUCCAAAGUCCCUGGACAGUCGGGAGGAGCGGAAGGCAAGGACCGUGGUGGGACUGGUGGUCUCAAGGUUAGACCCCCGUGGCUGAAUCAGAGGUCAGGAAGCUGCUCCUGCCUGUCACCAGGCCACUGCCUCACACCCACCUAGCCGGGGCCGGACCCGGGAUGUGGGCUCCAGCAGCCACGGGUGUCGCUUGGGACUUGCCAGCCACCAGCUCUGCAGGAAGAUGCCUUCUGUCUCCCUCCUGGAGCACAGUCGAAAUUACGGCCAGAAGUCUGGCGACAGGGCCAUCGGAAGCGAGUUGUUCACCUCCCACUCCUUGCAGCGCAGGGAAGGAGGGAUGCCCAGUGCUGACCGCCCGCGUCCGGGUCGGCAUCCCCAGCAGAUGUGAACUGCGAAUGUCUGUUGGGCGGGUGAGGGGGUGGGCCGUCCCAGAGGGAGGACCAGGAGGAGACAGAGGGGAAGGAGCCCCCAUGCAUCCCCACCCUGCCCCCCCCGAGUGUCUCAGAUGGCCUGACUCUCCGUGGCCCACUGCUGGGUACUGCCGGUCGGGCGCUGAGUCCGUUCGGGCUGCUGUAACAAGGCACCACAGACCGGGUGGCUCAUCAACAACGGCAGUGUAUUUCCGGCAGCUCUGGAGGCUGCAAGUCAGCACGGUCGGGUUCUGGGAAGAGCCCCUUCCAGGCUGCAAACCUCUUGUGUCCUCACAUGGCAGAGAGCCGGCCAGCUCUCCGGACUCUUCUUUCAAGGGCACUGAUCCCAUUCGUGAGGGCUCCCCCUCGAGACCUCACCACCUCCCGCAGACCGCCACCUUCUCAUACCAUCCCAUCGGGAUUGGGGUUUCAACAUAGGAACGGGGGGGGGGGGGGGGGCAUACACCAUGGCGGGGAUGCAGACCGGGGGUGGGGAAGAGCCUUCCCCUGUCCAUGCCAUUCUUAGAAAGUGCCAGAGAGCAGGCCCUCUGCUCUGCCUGGGGCCACAGCGGCCGAGGCUCGGGGGCAGAGCCCCCGGAUUCCGGGGCCGCGUGGGUGCCCCCCUUCCCUGUGCCACUCGCUCUGACAGCUGGACUGCUACUGAGGGCACGUGGUGUUGAAAAAGCCUUCUUAAACUCACUUCACUGCCUGUGAAGCCGGGGCUGGGGUUCGCAGGACCCCAAGGUACACCUUUUGCGUUGGUGCGGUUCCAGGGGCUCAGAGCUGACACCGGUGGGCACAGGGACCCGUCCCAUCACAUGUCCGGCAGCAGGUGGGGACCUGGCCUGGGCGUUGCAAGCUGGUGGUUCUCGGCCCAGGUGGGGCCAGCAGCAGGGUCUCAAUUCGAUAACUCCCAUCGUCAUGACGCGGACUCUAUGCACCCCACACCCCCCAAAAUGGCUCUUGAAUUAGGAUAAUUGUGAGAUGGUGAGAAAUGGGGUAGCUCCAGUAGGUUGGAGGUGAGAAGGACCUGUCACCUGGUCCGGGCUGACCUGAGGGGGGGGGGGAGGGGGUGGCGCAGAUUUAUUCUAUUCUGGUUCCUGCGUCCUUGACAACGGCCACUCUGGUAUUGGCCUCAUAGCCCUGCUGUCCCGUUUGAGGGCUUCCUGAUCUAGCCACACCCUUAAUAGGCGGCGAUUUUAAGUUGAUUUCUUACAUGUAAUGACCCUAAGGAUGUAAGGGUUAAAUUGUGGUGUAGGGCUAACCUAUAGCUUGAGACAUAACAGGUUUGUUUUGACCUGAAGGUUAAGAGACAGCAGCCUUGCUUUACUGUUGUAAAUUAGGCCUCACCAAUUAAGAAAACAAAAGUUCAAAGAAAAGAGGUCAAGGAGAUCAACUGGACUUAAUGGCAGAAAGUCUAGAAUAAUCACCCCAUCCGGGAACUGUUUCCACCUCAUCUGGGAACUAUUUCUUUGUUCUGUUCCCAGGUAAUGAUAAAACGAUGUGGUCGGCUAUAAAAACUCUGUACCCCGGCUGUUCGAGGCCGCACUCUGAUCAAAAGUGUUGGUCCCGAUCGGUCGGCCUUGCCUCUUGUUGCAAUAAACUUUGUGGGGACUGUCACUGGUGCCCGUCGCAUUCUGUUUCAGGAGUCGUGUGGAUGCAACAAGUGUAACCACAAAAAUGUCUACAUGCACUUUUCUCUGGAAGAGACAAACUGAUACUAAAGUUCUAUGGACACACAUGUGUGCAAGAAAAGCUUGGAAAAUGCAGAAAAAAAGAGCUCGGAGGAGGGAUGAGCCCCAACCAACAUUAGAACUUACUAGGAUGGGACGCCUGGCUGGCUCAGUCGGUUAAGCAUCUGACUUCAGCUCAGGUCAUGACCUCACAGGUUCCUGAGUUCCAGCCCUGCAUGGGGCACUCGGCUGUCUGUCGCAAUGAGCCCGCUUCUGAACCUCUGUCCCCCUCUCUCUCUGCCCCUCCCCCGCUCAUGCUCUGUCUUUCAAAAUAAAUAAACGUUAAAAAAAAAAUU